CCUGUGGCGAGCCGCAUGAAGAUGGCCGCAUUUUACCACUGCCCGGCUGGCCUGCUACGUUGCAAUGCUAAGCCGCUGAGCAGGGAAAAAAAAAACAGAGAAGAGACGCAUUUUGCGGCAUGGGGAAGAGGUGGUUCAAGGAAGGUCCAGUAUCCAAUCCAAGGCACCUCCCUAGCAGGACGCACCUAAAAAAGAAACAUGCCUCGCAUCAGCCAAUCAAUCGCCAGGGUGCGCAGGGCGUCGACGCAUCAAAGCAAACGCCCCUGUGGCUUGUCUGGUACGUGCCGCCCAUCUGGACAGGUACCGUCUAGACCCUGCCCAAGAGCGCCUCACACGGGCAGGGGCCGAAGUACCCUUUGGGGGCCAGAUUGGUACCUGCCAGUUGAUACGCAAGCAUUGCAGCCACGUUCCUCAGCCUCGCAAAACGAAACUCGCUCGAACUCAAACUCGGCGAAACAGAAAACCCCCCAAAAGAAAAAAAAUAAACCGCGUCCAGUUGCAAACAAAUCAACCUCAAACCAGCAUCCCUGCCCGGCCGUGCCAGCACAGCACAGCACAGCUGCCAGCCUGUGCUAGCUGCAUCGCUGGAUGUACCUGUAACUCGCAUUGCAUACAGCCGCUAGUGCGCGAAUGCUUGUACCUGCGACCUGGAUUGCCUACUCGUG